UAUCUCUUCAUAACAACCCAUUCAGCUAAAGAAAACAUUGAAAGCUGUCGACAUUUUACUCAGUAACAUAAUCUAAACGAGCAGUAUUACUCGUAAAGCGAUUUAUUUUUUGUAGCGUAACUUAAACUUACUUAAGGAAAGAAUUUGAAUUUCCAUCAUUUAAAAAGACUAGAAAUGUCAGAGGAAGAUUUCGCCAUCGUUUGUUCAAAAAUAGACGAAGAAAAACAGUUCUUAAAUUCGGUGAGUCAGGAUAUAUGGAAGAUGCCUGAACUUCUGUUUAAGGAGUUUCAUGCACACGCUAUUCUCACAAGCGCUUUGGAAGGUUAUGGGUUUAAAGUACACAAGCACUACUUCAUGCCUACAGCUUUUAGGGCUGAAUAUUUCUCAGCAUCAGAUGGUGGCCCAACUGUUGCGAUCCUUCUGGAAUACGAUGCGCUGCCAGAAAUAGGCCAUGCUUGCGGCCACAACCUCAUCGCGGAGGCUGGAUUAGCUGCCAGCGUUGCCGUGAAAGCAGCCAUGGAAGCGGAUCCUCAUUUAGCUGGAAAGUUGAUUGUUCUGGGCACUCCUGCCGAGGAAGGUGGGGCAGGAAAGAUACGUUUAAUUGAAUUGGGAGCCUUUAAAGGAGUAGACAUAGCUCUGAUGGCCCAUCCUGCUAGAUUAAACGUAGCCGCUCCUCCUUUUUUAGCUAUAGUCAGGGCUACAGUGGAAUACAAAGGAACAGAAGCCCAUGCUUCUGCUUCUCCAUGGAAAGGACGGAAUGCCCUGGACGCCGCAGUCGCAUGCUAUCAAAAUAUAGCUUUACUCAGACAGCAUAUCAAACCCAGAUGCAAAAUGCACGCUGUGAUCACGAAAGGUGGCAUCAUCCCGAAUAUCAUUCCAGCAGAAUCCUGCUUGAAACUGUUCGUGCGAGCGCCAGACAAAGUCGAAUUGAGAGAACUGCGGACCCGAGUCGAAGCUUGCAUUACAAGUGCUGCGACAGCAACUGGAUGCGAAGUAACUUACAAUUUCGCAGAACAGGACUGUUAUGAGAACUUGAUAACGAAUAAAGUUCUAGGCAAUUUAUAUCAGACAUAUGCAGAACGGCUAGGAGUUGAUUUCAUCAAAGAUGUAUCGGAGAUGCCUAGCACUGGUUCCACAGACAUGGGCAACGUGUCUCACAUCAUUCCUUCCAUCCAUCCUAUGUUCAAUAUCUGUACUGAAGCUACUAACCACACAAAAGAAUUCACGAAGGCAUCUGGAGCUCCAGAGGCCCAAGAACCUACUCUGAAUACAGCAAAAGCUAUGGCAAUGACGGCCUUGGCAGUUUUACGGUCACAGGAGACACUAGAUGAGGUGAAGAGAGAAUUUUCAUCAGAUAUUCAACACAAUUUGCAGUACCAGUGACUAUUAAACAUAAUAUCUAGUUAAUCUUGAAUGUAGCAAUAUGUGACUACUGUUUAAAAGUCACACUGCCACUGGCUAUAAAUCUCAGCAUUCAUAGCAUUUUAAAAAUAUUCUCAUGUGAGCAAUUUUUUGACGUUAGAUUCAUUGUGGGUCAUUUUUUAUGAUAAUUUUAUUAUUAAUUAUUGUUAUAAAAUUUAGCAAGUUAUAAACCCUUGAAUGCUC